AUGUAUAAAUUCCUCAGCCUUGCGAUCCUCGUCCUCGCAGCUGCUUACCAUCUCAUCACUUCGCACCUGUUCACCGAUCUGCGCAGUACUAAUCUAUCGACCUCUCUACCAUCCUCGGACGAUCCUCUCCGCUUGAAAAUGGCCUUUUCAUCCGCGUCUAGACGUGUUGUGAAGAAGGUCUUGGCGAUUGAGACACCAGAGGGCGAGGGCGCGUUGGUGCGCCGCUCCAUUGGGAGCCAGAAGCUUCGCAACCUCACGCCGUUCCUCAUGCUCGAUCAUUUUCAUGUCUCCAAAGGCGCCGGCUUCCCAGACCACCCGCAUCGCGGUCAAGCUACCGUGACUUACAUGAUGGAAGGGUCAAGUCAGCAUGAGGAUUCCGCCGGACAUAAGGGCACGAUUGAGGCUGGAGGCGUGCAGUGGAUGUGCGCCGGCCGAGGCAUCAUCCACGCAGAGAUGCCUGUACACGAGCGCGGCCAACCAGACCCCCGUGGCCUUCAGCUGUGGGUUGAUCUACCGCAACAAUACAAGAUGGUGGAACCAUCAUACCAGGAGCUGGGCCCGAAUGAGAUUCCGACCGCGUUCCCCGAAGGGCCAGACGGCCCUGUGAAGAUCAAGGUGAUCAGCGGGAAGACCUACGGAGUCGAAUCUCCAGUCCGUCCUCUCGGUGGAUGCUGGUACUUCCAUGUCAUCUUUGACAAGAAGGAUCAUACGAUUUUUCAGGAAAUCCCGUCCGGAUGGACAUCAUUCAUCUAUACGCUCAAGGGUUCCGUACGGGUUGGUGAGGAUCCAGCCGGCCAUGAAGCGUUUCAUACUCUUGUCCUUUCGAGUGAGUCCGCUGAGGGUGGUGUUAAGGUCGCGUCAGCCGAAGACAACACCGAGGCAGUGCUCAUUGCGGGUGAACCGUUAGAUCAGACUGUUUUCCAGUACGGACCAUUCGUCAUGACGUCCAAGGAAGAAAUUCAAUCGACCCUGAUGGACUAUCAACUCGGAAGGAACGGCUUCGAGAAGGCACAUUCAUGGAAGAGUGUGAUUGGUGGCCGAUGA